AGUACUCUUUGUCAGACCGAUGAAAUCGAGAGAACAAAAACCCUUGAAGAAACUAGUACCAGAUGGAGGCCGUGGGUGGUGCAGACAGUGAUGACGAAGAGAACAGCGGCGUUGGUAAUACUAACUCGAACAGCGACCACGAGCGCGAAGACGCGACCGGUAGAACAAAUUCCUCAACGGCCACGGUGCAGUGGGGCUCGCGGCUGAAAUUGGUGUCGUUUGCUCGGGUGACGAAGACAAAGGAAACCACCACCACUAUUGCGAGGAAAAAUCCCCCCUUUCCAUACCAAAACGGGAUACUUCUGAAAAUUUGUGAUGCUGAUUUGAGACCCCAAAUCGUCUCUGUAUUGCAAGAAUGCAAAUCUGAUGCUGAUUUGAGACCCCAAAUCGUCUCUGUAAGGCAAAUGCAAAUCCAAAAACCUCUACCUCGCCGCGUUCUGCAGGCAGUUUGUCGUGCUGUAUGGCCUACGAAGGAUAUGCCUGCCGUGCUAGGCGCCUACACCGAAACGCCCCUACUCCGGCUUUGUAUCUGCCUGCAGUCUUCUACUGCAAGACAAAGCCGAUUUGUGUGCCUGUACACAAAUCCCGCGUCGCAGAUUUCCAUUUCGAUGUGGGGAGAUGGGAUCUUUCCUUUUGAUAACCACGACCGAGCAUACCACGGAAGAUGCAGACGGCGACGAGGAGGAUAUAGCCUUUGGCCUAGCCGAGCAGCAAGGAACAACUACAUCAAAAUCUCAUCAUGAAAAACAACCGACGAAGGCUGAUCUGUUGACGACAACACAAAAAUGCGGAAGAGACUUUUAUGUCGUGCGUAGCAGUUAUAUCAAUUUACAUGAUCAAGCAAGAGGGUUGCACACUCCGACGUCGGGCUGGCUGCCCGAUGUCGACCAGCUUCCGCUGGUUCUCUGUCCUCUAUCUAGAAUCUCCGCUUCGUCCGGGCUUGCCUGGACUCGGCGUUUUUUCAGCUCUUCGGUUCUCGGAGAGUGGAUAGUUUACGGAGGAGUGUCUCGAUGAGAAAGCGAGGCGUACUUGUACGCUUCAGGCCUUCGCUCUGGUUCUGCUUCGCAGUUCCGCCUUGUCGUUUCCGGCAUCGCCGAUCCUUAGCGUGGAUCAUUGCGAUGUACGACAAGGAAAGAGCUCCGGCGGUUCCGUCGCCAUUGAACUGCUCAAGCCAUGAGCAGGACAUAGUAGACGGCGUGCACACUGCCGCGUGCAUGUAGCCCGGCUCAGCCGGGCGCUGGGAUAUCCUUCUGACCGGGGAGGAUGUCUUGGUGGGAAGAUGGCCGAUGCGCGGCUCUUACAGUGCAAAGAGUUCGCGUGCUUCAGCUGUUUUUCAGGCUAUCUUCGGGUGGUGGUUUGAAGAAGUCGAUGACGGCUCGCGGUUCUCGCGAGUCCCACUGCUCGGGGAGUGGAGAGGUGCAGCCGCUGCGAUGCAGUGCCUGCGCCUCUUCACGCCGAAAAAGGCAUACGUCCGGCGGCAGCUUAGCCUAUGGCUGGCGCCGCUUUAUUCGGCAACACGCAACGGUCAACAGCACAGCUGAUUACAGCUGUGGCCUGCCGCUCUGUGUGUCGCGGGCGGUUCGUGCUUUUGCGCUUAGCAUCGUAAGGCGCAAUGUAGCACCACCACCAGACGUCCAAACGGACGCGGGCCGCUCGCCUGUCAUUGAUGAAGCCGCGCGAGCAGGGGCGCCGCGCUUCACUUUGACAGGAAUCCCCUACUGAAGAGCCCCACCGAAGGCCAAGGCUACUGGUAUCCAUUUAGGGCGAUGCCCGCGAGGUCAGUGACGUUGUCACUGGCCGGGGCCAGAGUAACACACUGUACACGCACAGCAUCACGCUAACGCUGACAAACACCCACGAACAAGGGGCACCCCGCGCCCGCAUACCCCCCUCGCCGAUGGCAGGGGGGCGCCCGAUGGGCUGACUAUUACUAAGCGACUUGCUGUUGCACAGACGCCGGCACAGCCGAUGGCUGUGCCGGUGAGAUGAAGGCUUCGUUCUCCCCACCACACCUCCCAGCACCUGGACGCGCAACUCCACAGGCACAGCCCCGCAGGCGCGGCGGUUACGGAAGGCUGA